AUGCAUGGACAUGCAACAGCCAUCGGUCAAACGUCGCUUUUUGGAUGCUCGUCAGCAGGCCAUAGCGGAAUCAAUCAAUUGGGCGGCGUAUACGUCAAUGGUCGUCCACUGCCCGACUCGACGCGACAAAAAAUUGUUGAGCUCGCUCAUUCGGGAGCGAGACCUUGUGAUAUUUCCCGCAUAUUACAGGUUUCGAAUGGAUGUGUUAGUAAAAUAUUAGGCAGAUAUUACGAAACCGGCUCGAUAAAACCGCGAGCGAUUGGUGGAUCAAAGCCGCGAGUUGCUACUCAAAAUGUAGUCAAUAAGAUAGCAGAUUAUAAACGAGAAUGUCCCAGUAUAUUCGCUUGGGAGAUUCGUGAUCGGUUGUUGUCUGAAGCUGUUUGCAAUAGUGAUAAUAUACCAAGUGUGAGUAUGCUUAACAGUUUUUAUAACAAAACCAUCUUCGAUGCACUUCAAAUGUCCUCAAAGUCAAGUCAUUCAACUGAAGUUUCAUCGAUAAAUCGAGUUCUAAGAAAUCUGGCCUCACAAAAGGAACAACAAUCAGUGCCGAGUGAUUCCGUCUAUGACAAGCUUCGAAUGUUCAAUGGACAGUCAGGUGGAUGGGCCUGGUAUCCAACAAGUAAUACCGCACCAGCGCACCUCUCGCUACCUCCAACACCAACGUCAGCACAACUUAGUGGGCAAUUGACAAGAGAUGAAUUGCAAAAACGUGAUUUAUUUUCCGUCGACAUUCAACAAUCGAGUCUUCACGAGAGCACUUCAGAUGGCAAUUCCGAACACAAUUCAUCGGGUGACGAGGACUCGCAGAUGCGUCUUAGACUGAAACGAAAACUACAACGAAAUCGAACAUCUUUCACCAACGAACAGAUUGAUAGUCUUGAGAAAGAAUUUGAGAGAACGCACUAUCCCGAUGUCUUUGCUCGGGAACGAUUAGCUGAGAAAAUAGGAUUACCCGAGGCAAGAAUUCAGGUACUUUUACAGCAACAAGAUAAGUCGGUUUGGUUCUCGAAUCGACGUGCAAAAUGGAGACGUGAAGAGAAACUUCGUACUCAACGAAGAUCAGUAGAUCAUGUGAGUGGAGGUGGUGGUGCUGGAAAUGGAAGUUCGAAUAAUAAUGGAAGUGGAAAUACCGGAAGCAAUGGUAGUGCAAAUAUAGGCAACACUAAUUCAGUCAGCCCACCAGUGCCAACAACACCAAGGAUACCUUUAAACUCGGGAUUUAAUUCAAUGUAUGCUUCAAUUCCACAACCGAUUGCGACAAUGGCUGAGAACUACAGUGCAAUGCCGCCAUCUUUAGGCUCGAUGACGUCACAAUGUUUACAGCAACGUGACGGCUAUCCGUACAUGUUCACCGAUCCAUUACAUUCACUGAGUAGUCCCUACAGUACACAUCCAUCGCGCACUGCAUGCAACCCAACAGCAGCUCAUCAGCAAUCACAUUACAGCACGUCAAAUGGUGGCUCAGCUACAGGUGUCAUAACUGCAGGAGUUUCUGUUCCAAUACAAAUUCCAUCUCAAGGUUCUGAACUUGGUACAAACUAUUGGCCGCGACUUCAGUGA